UUUAACGCGACCGCCGCCGCUUGCUUUUGCAACCUGCAGUUCGAUGCAGCAACUUCGCAUCCCGAGAUAUAAUCUCUGCUCCCUGGAGUGCGUAGUAAUACUUUGGGGGAGGCCACGCCCCCGAGCGUGGUGUCAGAGUGAAAUAGAGGCUCCGGUUGGUCGGGUUGGCGGACAACAUCUGCUGGACUCCUUCAUUCAAGUGACACCCGAGCUUUGAGACGUAUUUGAGGAACCAUCCGUUGCCCCUCCGGGCCACUUUCAGUACUUCUAUCAGCGGCGCUCGCUUCGCAGAGCUUCUCUGCGUAGUUGGGACGGUAGGAGAUUCUGGGUCUUUCGCAAAAGAAGCCGAGAGAGAAAGGCGGGCGGGGGGCUUGGCGGCCUCCAGUCGGCGUGGUUUGGGUACGCACAAGGACCAUGUGUGCAGAGUGCUUACGGAAAUUGGUGACCCUGGCGCUGGUCUUUGCGAGUGUGGAUGCGGUGGUGGGCACCGAAGCCACGCAUCCUCCGGAAGGUGCCCAGGACAGAGCUCCUCAGCAAAAAGGGCGGAUGUCUCUGCAAAAUUCAGCUGAAAUCCAGCACUGCCUGGUCAGUGCUGGUGAUGUUGGCUGCAGUGUAUUUGAAUGCUUUGAAAACAACUCUUGUGAGAUUCGAGGUUUGCAUGAGAUCUGCAUGACAUUUCUCCACAAUGCUGGAAAAUUUGAUGCCCAGGGGAAAUCCUUCAUUAAAGACGCCCUGAGAUGCAAGGCACAUGCCUUGCGGCACAAGUUUAGUUGUAUCAGUCGCAAAUGUCCUGCUAUCAAAGAAAUGGUGUUCCAGCUACAGCGAGAAUGCUAUCAGAAGCACAAUCUCUGCUCUGCAGCCAAAGAGAAUGUCCAGGUCAUUGUGGAGAUGAUUCAUUUCAAAGACUUGCUACAACUUGAACCGUAUGUUGAUCUGGUGAAUAUAUUGCUCACUUGUGGAGAAGAAGUCAAAGAGGCCAUCACCCAGAGUGUCCAGGCCCAGUGUGAGCAGAAUUGGGGGAGUCUAUGCUCCAUCCUGAGCCUCUGUACUGUGGUUCCACAUGGAGAGUCUACCCUGGAAUCUGAGAAAAAGCCAAAUGAAGUCUCAAGAAUAUCCACUGGCCAAGGAAACCUUGUCAUUCACCCUCAGUCUGGUACAAGAGAGAAUUCUCAAAAUCCUAGAGGGGAAAGAGGUAGCAGGCUGCCUAUGAAUGCUCACACUCGCACUAAAUCUGGGGGUCAUAAUUCCAAAGCAACUCAUGAGGCCUUUGAACAGAGAGAUGAACCUUCUGACUUCUCUGAUAUCCGAAGGUGAAAGGAAUAGACAACCCAACCUUUCCCCCUUCACCAAAAACUUCCUCCGUUGAGUUCAUUUUAUCUAGGGGCAUUCCAAACAAUAUUUACAAGAUAAGGGGGCUAUGUCAAGCAUAGGGCAUUGCGGGUUAUGGGGCAGCAACAGCAUAUGUAUUAUAAGCUACAGAGGAAAAACAAUGACUGGGUCACUGAUUGUAUCCAACAAAUUCAAUGUGUAGAUGCAUAAGCAUAAGAUAUGAAAAGCAUAAGAUAUGCAGGUUUGGGUUGGCAAUAUUAUUUUUAAAUCAGGGAUAGAUACAAAUUAUGAUUUCUCCACUAAUGGCUUAGACUGUCUAGUUUAGAUUAAAUUCAAUAUAACUAAGUGUAACAUAAUUCAGUCCCUGAACAGAAAGUAUAAGGGUGUAUAUAACAUGGGCUGCCAUGGCAUUUGUAAGAAGACUAAUGAGUAUGGUAAAGGGGGCCUUCCAAUUGCAAACUUAGUUAUCCUCUGAGCCUACAUUCUGCUCCUUUUUAAGUGACACCAUCUGCCUUAAGUUUCCUUGUGCUGGUUUGGGCAGUUUAUUCCUCCAUCAUUCCUUUGAAAAUUAGUUAAUUGCAGAACCAGCUUCCAGAUAAGGCAAAUGUGCCUUCUCUGCUAGUUCAGUAUUAUGCAAAACUCUUUUUAAUAGUGUAAAUCUAAAAAGCCCCACUCCACUUCUGAUUUAAAUGGCUUUCAUGUUUUUCACAUGUUUUUCAGGCUUGAUGAAAAACUUCUUAAUAUGCUAUAUCAGAAAUCAAUAUCACAAGGGUUGCAGGGUUUUUAAGCUUUAAAGGCCACCGUUAUUUAGUAGCUGUUAAAGAAACAGUGUCGGUGAAGUGAGGACAAGCCAAGCAGUACAAUGAUUUAAUCUGGUUAAAUAUGUGAAUUGCACAUUUCUCCAUACCUCCAUCCUCAUUGCAUUUUCUUGGAAAUAUAGCUAACUUUGUCAAAUUAAUGGAACUUAUUUCACUGAGUAAGUUUGGAUUGCAACUUUCAUGGUCCCAAUUUAGUGUGUUGUAUUUCAUUUUGCUUUUAAUCAUGUCUGUUUAUUAUUUGAACAUAUAAUUACUCAAUAUAUUUACACAUUGAAACUUCAGCCAACACUUUACUGGAAGCAGGUGUUCCUAAAACCUUUUAGAAAAGUGUUAAAACUUUCUGGAAAACAGGACUGUCUAAAAUAUUUUGGGUGUAUUAUACCCAAUGUUACCAAACUGGUAGAAACUUGGAUGUGUUGAGCUUCAAGUCCCAUAUUGCUGGAUGGUGAUUAUACUAUUUCUAAGCCAACUCAUUUGAAUGAUCAUAGCUUGGAGAAGGCAAUGUUAGCUAUUCAGGUAUCUUAGAAGGAAAGACUAGACCUUAAGUUACUUGUUCACAAAGAGUUUCAUACCUAAGAUUUUCCUAGUUAGUACAUCUUUGGGUCAGGUGCAGCUGUUUAUAUGCAUAGAAUAUGGAAAGGUAGUCCUGAUGUUGUACUGACUGAAUAAGUCAUAAAUUGCAGAAAUAGAGCAGCUUAAUUAAAAUUAUUGUUCCACAACCUAGCAUGGACUUCAAAUUCCACUAUGAAGCUGUGGAUGGAAAUAUGAAGAUACCAGGUUUAGGAAUCUCAAAUGAAUCCCAUUCCUCUUUGAUGAACAUAGAUAGAAAAAAGUAUGAGGACAUUGCAUUGUAGCUGCAGCUAGGAAACAUUAUUUGAAUUUUUUGGAAGGGAAACAGGUUUUUGUGAUUACGAUGGUCACAGUCCUAAAUCACCCUUUAAAACAAUGAAAUGUAUGAAAAAUGAUAUGUACCCUUUUUGAAAAUGAACUGAUAGAGGAAGAAUUGUGACCACUUCAAAAUAAAUCAUCACACAGAAGUUAAAAAGCCCAAAGAUCUAUUAGUAUGAUUCCCAACUUCUAAAUUUCAGUCUUUGAGAAGUCUAUCUGGGAAUCUAAACAUGUAUGUACCAUUGAAUGUCAGCAGAUCAUCUCAGUGUGCAUAUAAUUUAUCUUCUGUGAUCUAGUGAUGUUAAUAUUUGUUUCACAAAUAACGUUAAGAAUUUUGGGGGGGAGGGAGAUCACAAAAGGCUAAUUUUCCUUUUUUCUCUCUGUGAAAAUUGGAUAUAUGUGUUCAUCUACUGAUUCGACAUAUUCUUUUAAUGUAAAUAUUUAACAUUUUUAUUUAUUAUAUUUUCUCCAUUUAAAAAAAUUGAACUGAGCACUGCUGGCUAAGGUGAUUUAAAUAUAUGUCAGGACCUGUGUUGUAUAUAUUCAUGCCACAAGUACAUUUUUGUUAUUGUUUAGAUCAAGGAAAAUAUAAUUUUAUACACUCCAUAAAGUUAUUGACAGCAUCAAUCAUUUAUUUAUUAUCAUCAUUCAUUUCGAACAUAUACAAGUACAUUUACCCUAAUAGUUUUAUCAAGACGUGUAUAGCUACUUACUUGAAAUUUUUAAAAUAAAAAAGUUAGCUGUCCACUAAGGGACUUAGUCACACCCUAGCAAACAAAAAAACCUUAUUUUUAAUUAUAGACAUAAUUCAGAACAAAGCAUAUCAUUUGGGGUAUAUGCAGUAGUUUUGUUUGGGCAAAGACCCAGAGCAUUCAAAACUUAACUUACUUGAAGGGAAGCUUGCUCAGGGUUGCUUUGGCAUAAUUAAGCAAGUGCUUAGUGCUUGCUUAGUUCUAUGAGAAAAAUCCUACCCUGAUUCUAAAGAAAUUUUUCUUUAUUAUGACAUCUUCCCCAUAAUUCUAAUAGUAAGAAUGAGUUCCCAUGGUGGGAAAACACCAAAAUCUAUCGCUCAUUCUUUUCUACAAAAUGUUAUAAAAAGUAGCAGAAGAUACAUCACAUUCCACUGAGUUUUUAAACACAGGUUUGUGUGGAAGAGCAGAGUCAGAUCUGAGACCACUAAAAAUAAGGUUGUUUAGUGAGCCUGCUUAAAAGCAAUAAAUGGAGGUCUGGUUGACCAAACCAAAAAUGUUGGAUCCCUAUGUUAAAAUUAGAAAGAAUGAAACAAAACCUGUUUUAUUUAAACUGAUUAAGAAAGUUUUCAAAACAAAACUCAAAAGCCACUCUCAAGGUUUCCCCCCCCCCCAACCUUUCAAGGAAGUUUUUGAAAUAUUUCUAGAAAGUGGACUACUUGAAGCUUCCCAUUGCAUUCUAUGAUUGGAGCAUAGAAUUGCCACCAUUUGAAACAACCGAAUUUAUACCAAAAUCCAAAUAAAACUUUUUUUGUCCAAUUUCAAAACAAUGUAAGUUUGAAUUUGGAAUAUUUGAAACUUUUUAUUUCAAAAUGUUCCAGAACUGAUGUAAGUGCUGCAGCAAAAAUACAUGUCUGGCAUAAUUUCCCAUACCUUGGAAAGCUGAGAAAAUCCAAAGAACAGUUGAUCUUGAAAGGAUAAUUUCAACACCUUCACUAAGCCGAAAUAGGAUAAUUUCAAGUAAAAUAAUAAUCAGGCUAUCUGGCCAUUGGGUUUUAACCCAGAAAACAGUCAUUUAAGAAAAAAUCAGUUUGGAAAUGAUUUCUAGCCUUAUUGAUGUAAAAUAAUAUUGAAUGUUUUGGUUUUAAUGCAGAAUGUCAUAUCCCUCAGUUUCCUUGAAUAUUUUUUAUCUUACAUAGACUAUGAUCAAGCAAACUUGUAAUUUCAUCUGGAUUUAGGUAAGAUGUUUUUCUUUCCACCACUCAACUUUCAUUAAUAAAUUAAAUGGUUACAGAUCAGUGUAUUAGAAACAGGGUUCCAUGAAAAUUUUGUAAAUCAGUAGCAUAUGUUAAAAGAAAUUAGAAAUCAGAUAAUGAGGAAAGGGCUAGUAUGUAAGUAUAAAUAUGGGGAGGGAAAUGUGUACAUCCUGAAGGAUGUUGAUACUUCUUUCUGAAUUUGGCAGCAUUAGCAAAUCAAAUAAAUCCUGCCUGUACUUUUCCACAAAAGUUUGUUAACAAAUAUUUUUUUUAGAAGAAAGCAGGUAAGCAUUUGAAAAACUUGUGUUUUUGGUGGGAUAGGGAGUCUAUUAGAUGUGGGAAAGGACAACUGAAUAAAAGCACUAUUGAGAAAGGUGUUUCACUCACAAUGUUAGGAUGAAAAGUUGAUUAGUCCAAGGUGUAAACUAUGAUCAAGCACCAAGUUGGUCCUAGUUGAAAAAGCUACAAAUCUAAAUUGGUUCAAAACAAAUGCAGAAUUUGGCUGCAGAAAUUCAGAAUACCACUAGGUAGCAGCAGUGGGAGACAGAUCCAAUCAUUUGUUGCCAUCGUGUGGUCAUCCAGAUUUUUUUAUUCUAGAUAUACAAUAGUAACGUUGGGUACUAGAAGAAAGACAGUGGAUAGUUCUAAGAAGAAAUUGUGGAAGAUAAUGACUAUUCAUAAUUAUUCCCUUAAGGAUAAGGCAGCAUGAGAAGAUUCGUAUUCCUGUCCUACUUGGGAAUCUUCUCAGAUCCAGAAAGGUUCUUUUUUCAUUAUUAAAUAGACCCACAGAAUUAGAGUCCUCAAUUAAAAGCUGACUAACUCUAAAGAAAUCUAUAGAAUAUCAAUUCCUAUGCCUACAACUCUAAAUGAAGACCUCAAACUAAAACCUGCUUAAGUUUGUACAAAUAGAGUUUAAACUCAUCCUGUUUUCAGGUUUCCUCCCUUCAUCAGAAUGAAAAUCUUACUCAUUUCUUUCACAUCCAUCAAAAAUAGCUGCGCAAAAUCAUGAACAAUGUAAUUUUGACAAGACUAUCACAUUUCAAGGCAUUUGAAAUUUAAACGAGAAAUCUCAUGGCAAGCUAGAAGUGCCAAAUAUAAACCUUAAAUUUAGAGCUUUCACUUUAGUUUUCAAACUUGUCUGGGUGUGACUUUAUGUCACAAAGGUAUCACAUGUAUCACAGGGCACUUCCAAGAUAAUGGCUCAAUAAGAUCAUGUUCCAAGCAUUAAUUUUUUUAAAAAAAAAAAGGGAAGGGGAAAAAUGAAGAAAAAAUAACCAACAAUUUUGGGGGGGGAAGUUUGGUUGAAUUUCCUAGGUAACUUAUUUUAAUAAUGAGCUCUUUAAGAAUUAAGAUUGAAAGUUGUAGGAUUUAGGUUGUUUGGUUUUGAUCUUGAUUAUAAUUUUGUGAUUUCAUUGAAAUCUUGCCUUGGGAUUAAGAAACAAGAUAAAUUCUCUCCACCCACACACUCAGAAUCUGAAUUUUUAUUAAAUCAACAAUUAGCACAAGCAAAUUACUUGUAUUUCCUAAGAACGAGCCAGGAGAGAAAUUUUGAGCAUGGCUUCAGCAAGACUUAACAGUUGCCCAAAAUGCAUGUUUUGGGCCCUUUUCUAUAUAAUUCAAAAGGUAAUCCCAUUUAUACCCUCAGAAGAGGUAUGAUUUUGCAAACCUAAACUUGAUUUCCAGGAAUCUGUCUUGCAAUUUCCUUUUUAUAAAUAUGCUUGUCCUCCAGAGUUUUUCAUAAUCCUAAUUCAGAUUAGCCACUGUUCCCUUAUCAGUUAUGUAGGAAAGUGAUUUCUUAUCCAAAUAAGAUGACCUACAUGCUAUGCAUAGUAAUUAAAACUUGGCAGGAGUUGUUGUUUUGCAAGCACUGGUUUGGCGUUACAGGGCCAAACUAUUUUUUAAAAGACGCUGGGAGUGGCUCAUUAUUUUGCAUCUCGUCUCUAUUUUCCUCAUUUUUUUAUGAGGAAAUUAAAAACUUAAACAAUCCUGCGUGAUGUCACCACAUUGUAUGCCUCCUGAUCCCUACUUAACAUAGUUUGCGGUGGAGUGGGGGCAGGACAAAAACAUUGUCUAAGGAUAGCAUGCCACACCUUGUUAUAAGGAAGAGAAGGGAAAGAGGUUCAGAGCAACAGCCGUUCUAACACUCAUUUUGACCUUUGGCCAAAUGCCAGGCCAUAGAAAUCCUGCCAGUUUUCUAUUGUUGCUGCUAAGGAAAGUUGUUACUGUGUGCAUUCUACCUUAGAAAUAGUUGGACCCUCUAUUUGUUGAAGGAGUCUAGUUUGCAAAACAAUGAGACACGUGAACAUGCAAAAAUAUCAGCCUAAUUGAUUACACAAUUUCCUUCAGUUGUGCUCCAAUAAAUCUAGUCUAUUGGCUUCUACAC